AAUUCUGCAUGUAUGGCGACUUUAAGCGGUUGAUUUUUGCCCUUCGUAAAAGUUUAAAGAGCUUUUCUGGUGGUUGUAUUCUAUAUUCACAGACUGUGGUCUUUGAGUGUUCUUGCCAAGAAAAAAAAUCGGUACAAAAAAAUGUUUUGGCACCGCUCGCGAUCGGUGACUCCGUUUGAUGAUUUUAAUUCAAUUCUGUUGUGAAGUCUGCUUUGGUUUUUGACGUGAAUCAUUUGUUCCUGUGGUGAACUAAAUGGUCACAGCCUUCGUAUUUUGUAUUGCAAUGGAAAUGUGAUUAAUUUAGCGUUUUAAAAGCAUCAAAUAUAUUCGUGCGUGAGAGAAAUGUCGACAACGGCGGCUAAACAACAUCGUUCGAAAUUGACAUGUGGGCAUCAAUUUUAAGCUUAUAUAAAUAAACUAACAUGUAUAUGGAAUGUUUCUCAUCCACAAAUUAAUUUGAGACUAUUUCGUCAAAAUUACAAUUUGUCAAGUUUUGUUUCUGUUUCUCUUCCUCCUAAGGAAUUUCUAUUACAUUCCCGCCUAUUUUGAUCUACCGUCUGUCAUGCCAUGAUCGCGAAUCGAUGAAAAUACGAGAACGUUUUAUUUCACAAAAAUUACCAAUGAGGUGUCGUAUAGGUGGGGUCAAAAUUUCAACAAAAUGAAAUACCUUUGUUUGUCAGUUCGGAAAUUUGAAGAGGAAAUGCGUUUUUCCUUCUAUUGUCGAUAUAAAACAAGCGUCUGUCUUCACCAUCUCUGUUUACAAGAAAAACGUUGUUAUAUUUACAAGCAAGUUUAUAAAGACAGCACAGUUUUUGUUCUUAAACAACUCUUCUGGAGAGCAUUAAGUGGCGACUUCUCCAAUUUCUGAACUGGUAAGCAGAUACGGCUUCUCAAGUGAAUUUAUCGUAGAACAAGGGAUUAUGAGCGGUGAAAAGCUGCGGAAGAAUUUUUGAAACAGCCGAGCUGGAAUUUACAACAAGGUCCAGAGGAGAGCAAGAAAUAUUUGUCACACUAGGCAAUACAUGCAUGAGUGAUUUUUCUCUUGAAUAGCAAGUAUCCAUUGUGGCAACUGGGAUUUUGCUUCCAAACUGAAGUGAGGUUUCACUGAAAAUAGUAUUGCCGCUUCAGUCAUGUCUGAGGGAACAGAUGAAAGAAUCUCUAGAAUUGAAGCAAGAAGGAAGAGACGGGAACAGCGAAGACUUAGCCUUGAUACUGAUGAUGAAAAUAAACCAAUGAAUGGGGUUGAUGAAUCAGGUGGAGGCCGCUCUCGAUCAUCAACAACUGACAGUGAAGCUGAGCUUUCAAGGGCUUUAACUCGAGAAGAAAAAAGGCAAGAGAGGCGUGAGAAGAAAAGACAGAAAGAAAUGGCUGAACAAUCUAAAGAGGUUCCUAAGUCAGCUGCAGUUAUAACAGACUUUAGCAAAAGGGAAAUCCGUGAACGGAGACCGAGUGACCCCGAAAUUUUGUCUGCAGAUAGUGAGGGUAUUGAUACUGACAAAGAGAAUGAACAGCACAAUGCACAGCAAGGUAUUGAGAGAAAGAAAUCAGGUUAUGGCUCUUAUGCAUCUGCUCUUCGCCGAGGAUCACAGGGUGCCGAGGUCGACAGAAGGAAAGAGCGGUAUGCUGCAGCUGUAGAGGGAUACAACGUUGAUAAUGAUGACGAUGAUGAAAUAGAAUUGUCUCCUCGCGAUCCUAUGGACCAACAACCUGAGGUUAUGUCCACUUCACCUGUAAGAAGAAUAAAAGAAGAUUACCUGACCUCAGCAUCAGGAAAAGGCAGGGAGAUACCACACUCAAAGGAACAACCUACUCCACGCCACCUUUCAAAGCAGUGGCCGCCUCCACCUUCUGAGAAUGAAGAUGAUGAUGAAAGAAAUGGAGAACCUCAGAAAGGUGUGGUGAAGACAUUUGAGGAACCAGAGCCUCCAGAAGAAGAAAGGGGUGUUGACGAAGGUCAUGUUGAAUCUGUUAAGUCACUGAAGGAACAGUGGACGCAGAAAGAACCAUCUAAGCCACUGGGUGUCAAUAAACCUUAUGUACCCGUGAAGAGAGAUGACACGUGGAUCACCCAUUUUAGACCUGUCAUUGAUGAAGGAGAAGUACCCAAGGAGCCACAAUGGUUACAAAUGGUGCGGCAGCGGAGGUGGAAAUCAACGGUAUCAGCACGCUUUCCUCAAGAUGAACAAGAGAAGCAAGUCUUCGAACACCGUUCUACAACCCCAAGAAAAUUCAAGAAGCCAAAUCCCUACAGUCUCAUGCGUUCAAAAUCUGACCUUGAUGAUGAAUUUGAAGUGGCCAUGAGACGACGGCGACGGAGGACCGAUGAUGAAGACUCAGUUGAUGCUAGCAAGCGUUCCUGGUCCUCUUUAAGUGAUGCUGAUCGGGACUCUGUCGCCGUAUUGAACAAAGUUCCUAUCCAAGGACCCUUAAAGGAGUAUAAGAAAAACCUUGAGUUAGAAAGGGCACGUACAACCAUGUUGAAAUGGACAUUCUCAACAGAUAUGGUUGAUGAUCCUCUUCGAUUUGAUUUACCUAAGCCAAUUGACCUGACAACACAAGAAGACUAUGAGAGAGAACAGGAGUGGAAAUACAUGCAGUCACGCAAGCGCUUCACGAGUGGAAGUGAGGCUGACGGUAUGGGGACAGCAUCUGUGCGAUCAUCCAUGUCAUCCUUGAGUGAUGGAGAGCCUCCAAAGUCGCCAGUUACUAGUACACCAGCUCAACCUGAACAAAAGAUGUCUUCAGAUGAGUCACCCUCAAGUCCUGAAGCAACACGCCCCAUGCCAGUCAGUUCUGGUGAGGAUUACACAUUCAGUCAAGGAGUUUCUGACAUCAAGAGAAAUUUGAUGACUGCGAGAAGUCAAGAUGCACCUUUGAAACCAACCAUUGCUGACGAUAACCUUGAAUAUGUCCCUAAACUGGCCGAUUUGAGAAAAAAAUUGCAUGAGAAGGAAGAAGAGCCAGUACCCAAAUCGUCACCUCUGGACGAAGAAAUUCAGAUGAUUCCAAAAGUGAAAGACAUCAAAAGCAGAUAUUUAGAGCAAAAGAAAGAACAAGCUUCCAAACAGCUCGAAUUUGAAGAAGGGGAACAAUUUGGAAAACUGGACAACAUCAAGAGCAGGUUUCAAGGCAAAGAGAAGGAAUCAGAGCCAAGAGUUUUAAGCAAACCCAAGCUUAAGAAGAAGUUAAGCACUAGUGAUGAUAUGAAAGCCCUCAUGGCCAGUCGACGACAGAUGACUGAUGAGUUUGUAAGUGAGAGUCCUCAGACUGCUGAAGAAAUCAAAAGUCUGGCAUCUGAUAUUGCCAAGACGUUUGGUUCAGAGGGUAGUGAUUCUCCCAAACAGCCAACAGGAAAGGCAAAGAAAGGAAGGAAAGAGUCAGAAGAGACAAAAUCAACUGAGAGUGGGACUGUCUCUGAUGAAAGUGAAACCCAGCAGUUUGGCCCUUGCGGAAAGCCUGAAGGUUGUGGAACAGAUGACGAGCUUGACAAGCGUUUGAGUAAGGAGCUCGAUAUUUUACCAACACUUGGCAGUGAAUUAAAUGAAGGGCCAGCUCAACCAAUUCCUUUCAAAGACAAAGUGGUUCAAGAUGAGUCGGCUUCGUUAGAGAGUGCACCUCAGAGAGAUUCCUUCACUGAUGAAGCUGCUGACAGUGCAUUAAGUGGAGAUGAUAAAGUCAUCAAGAAACAAGAGUCAAUGGAAACUGUGGAAACAUCGGCCAAGGAAAGUGACACUGAAAGUGAAUCUGAAAUGAAUGCUGAAAAACAAGUCAAAGAUGAAAUUGAUGAUCAAAGUGACGACGAUGAUCAAGACUUCUUGAGUUCGGAAAGUGAAAAUGACAAAGAAAAAGAAGAGCUGGAGGAAGAUGAUGAGGAACGAGAUGAACCAGAUAAAGGUGUUGAGAAAGUUGAUGGGAAUAUCAAGUCUCGCUUAUCCACUGACAGACCUCUGUCAUACACAUCGGAAGACAUCAGAACAAAAAAACUUAUCAAAGAAGAUGAAGAGAGACCAAAGUCAUUCACCUUUGGUGAGGAGGAAAAUGCAGAGGAUCCUUUCAUCUCUUCCAACUUAAAGGCCUUUUCAGACCAGAGAAGAAAAAUCAAGCCAGCCAGACGCCAUGCAGCCAGUAGCAACCCUUUACGCCAGAGACAGAAUAGAGAGGACCUUAGAACUGAAACAGAUAUUCUUAGGAUCCGAGCGGAUGAGAAACCCUCACUUGCUGGAAAGAAAAAAAAAGAGAAAGCUUUUACUGAUGAAGCUAUGGCUGGCCUGUCAAGCACAGAGGAUCUGGCUGCUGCAAGCACUGCCUUGAGGAAAACAGCUAAAGACUCCUCUGGAGUUAGCACCGAGAUCAAAGACUUUGGAGGAUUUCUACCUGUCAUGUUGUUACAAAUCAAAGGUUCAAGGCACAUCCAAACAAGACUAGUGGAACCUUCAGUCAAUUCACUGAAUUCAGGUGACGUGUUUGUGUUGGUGACUCCAAAAGAGCUCCAUUUGUGGAAUGGAAAGGAUGCCAGUAUCAUGAAAAAAGCUAAGGGAAUGGAAGUGUCCACUAUAAUUGUUAAACAGAAGGACUUAGGCUGUGGUGCCACAAAAGUUCACAUCAUUGAACAAGACCUUGAAACAAAUGAUUCUCAAACUAGACUCUUUUGGAAGACUCUGGGAGGCAAAGCUGAUGUGGCAGAUGCCAACGAUUUUCCUUCAGACGAAGAGCACGAAAAAGGCUUGAUAAAGACCAACGUACUGUACAGAGUCAACUGUACAUCUGACCCCCCGGAACUGGUAAUACGUGAUGAUAUGUCAGGCCGUAUUCUUAGUGCGAAUUUGAUGGAUAAUUCACAGGCUUAUGUUGUUGACUUUGGAACCGAGGUAUACCUUUGGCUUGGUAGAAACUGUCAUAGCCUGGCUCGAACAAAGGGUUUAGCCCUUGCACAAGAUCUCUUUAAAGGACCAUUCAAGUAUAAGAGUACCAUCAGCCCAAUAGACCCCAAAACUAGAACGGACGGUCUGCCCAAGACGACAGAAGUCAACAGGCCUUCGUGGGCUCUGUUUGGCCGCAUGACUGCGCGCGCAGAGACGGUGCUCUUCAGAGAAAAGUUCAUUGAUUGGCCGGACCAUAACGUGGAUUACACCCAGGAUUUUGUUAAACAACCUAUCAGUGGGAGUUUCACCGAUCUCUCCGAGCGUCAGGUUCCUGAUGUAAGCGGGGAUUUAAGAACGCGUGGCAAGAAGAAGCGUCCAAACAGCAUCUUUGAGAUGAAGCCAUGUGAUCCGGCCAGCUUGAUAGAGACUCCUCCAGAACCAAGCUUGAUACUUGAAGGUUUUGAUGUGGGGCGUGGCACAGGCAGCUUCGAUGAAGAAGGAAGACGGUUUAUUGUCUCGUCGAUUUCCAUGAAAAUCUGGCAUGUCAAAGAAUAUUCGUAUCAGCUGCUCCCGGAAGAGGAAUAUGGUCAUUUCUUCUCGUCAGAAGGUUACGUGGUGCGGUGGAAGUAUUGUGUGAAACUGACAGGCGUGAAGACAUUGAAAGGCAAACAGUCUCGUUACGAAGAUGUUGGCCGUGACAAAGUCGCUUACUUUUUCUGGCAAGGAAAAGACAGCACUCUGAACGAGAAAGGAACUGCCGCGCUGAUGACUGUUGAAUUGGACUCUGAUAAAGGACCACAGGUGCUGGUCGCUCAAGGCAAGGAACCUCCUUGUUUCACCAGAUUGUUUGAAGGAAAGAUGGUUGUUCACUUAGGAAAGAAAGACUCUCAAGAGGAAACAGGAGAUGGAUCACUGUUCAUUGUGCGAAAUGAACAUCCUGAAGAGGUCUAUUUAUUACAGAUACCAGCAAGUUCAUCGUCUCUGAGAUCCCGGACAUCGUUUGUGGUAGCAGACAACAAGAAAUCUAUCUUGCACGCUUGGCACGGGUGCAAAUCACCUUCUUCUACCAAACAAGUCGCUGUUAGUGCUGCAAAAAGACUUAAAAAAUGGUUUAAUAAGCAAUAUUCCAAGGAAUAUAAAGCCAAAGAGGUUUCUGAAGGAGAAGAAAGCAAAGACUUUUGGAACGUUCUAGGUGGAAAAGCAAACUUUACGUCACUUUCUGCAGAUUCAAAGAAACACGAACAUACGAUGCGCGUUUUCAACUUAAGGAGUACAAGUGGUUCGUUUGAGGCUACUGAAGUGCUGAACCCGGGUAGAUCAGAACACACCACGCCUUAUCCGAUUCUACAAUCACAACUAUAUACGGCUGAUCAGCCAGCCCUGUUCAUGGUGGAUGCUGUUCAUGUGAUAUACCUCUGGCAUGGUUGGUGGCCGCAGAGUGAUGAAGAUUCAGAGUCCAGAGCCUCUACCACAGGCUCCGCGGAGACAAGGUGGAGUAAUGACAGACGACUGGCAAUGGAGACGAUCAAGUCUUAUGCUGAAGAGUUGAAGCGUGACUUUUCGCAAGUAUUUAUUGUGUUUGCUGGUUUGGAACCGAAGUCUUUCAAGAAUCUUUUCCCAUUCUGGGAAGAUCGGCCUGAUGUGGCCAAAAUAAACCGAGCGACUGGUCGACUUGACGGCGAUACGUUGAAGGUGGAAACAGAACUUGCCAAGCUCUCCAGGACGGAAUAUACCCUGGAAGAAUUGAAACAAAAACCUCCCCCUGAAGGAGUUGAUCCGUCCAGACUUGAAGUGUAUCUAAAUGCUGACGAUUUUCAGAAAGCGUUUAAUAUGACCAGAAGCGCAUUUGAUGCUCUGCCAAUGUGGAAGAAGACAAACCUCAGAAAGAAAGCUGGUCUUUUCUAACUUCUUGCCACGAAAUUCCAGAUAUUUAAUUCGAUUAGUUUAUAAGAAAUAUUGUGUAAUUUUUAAUGAGAUCAUUUCAGUGCUGUUUGCCUGUGUUUUUAAAAGCUAGAGUGACAAAGGGAAACCUUUUAGCAAGUAAGUUUGCUGAAGUAAAAGCACAGUAUAAGAGGUAUUAACACGCACAAUUAGAACGACCAUUCGGUGAGAAACUGGCAAACCUCUGGUAAUACCCCACCGGAGGAUUUUAGGGUUGAAAUAAACCCAGGGAGAACAAAUCCCCGGUUACAAUC